UUUUUAUGGCUAACUAAUUAUUUUCGAAAUCAUACUAUAUAGUAUCCUUGUGUGCGACUUGCAGUAAUUCAUUUAAAUGUAGUGACAUGACRUGAGAUUUUUAAGUGAUUUCAAAUUGUGAAAUGGUAACAAAACCGUUUUAUUGUCGGAAAUAAAAAGUAUUUAUCACAAUACAGUUAUUUUGCAUUUAUGUAUGGACAUAUAACAAAUAGCGGACCUAAUUGUGGAACAAUUUUAAGCGAUUUCGUUACUUCACUGCGAGACGUACGCGUCAAAAUUCCACAUGCCGCGCGACGCGGUGAAAAGGUGACAUUGAAGUGUCUCUACGACUUGGAGGGCGACAGUCUGUACUCAGUGAAAUGGUAUAAAGGACGGCGCGAAUUCUACAGUUUUACGCCGAAAGAAACGCCAGCAAUUAAAGUCUACCAGAUAACAGGCGUGAGAGUAGAGCGUUCGGCGUCCAAUGAGAGCCAAUUGGUACUGGACUCGGUUACUGUCUCCACCACUGGCAAAUAUAGUUGUGAAGUGUCAGCAGAUGCGCCAUCCUUUCACACGGAAAUCUCGGCCGGUGAACUGGAAGUGGUUGAAGUACCGGGAAAGGAUCCAGCUAUUUCCGGCAUAAAAUCACGUUAUCGUGUUGGUGACAUAGUUCGUGGCAAUUGCACAUCGCGGCAUUCCAAGCCAGCGGCAAAUCUAACCUGGACGAUAAAUGGACGAGAGACCAAUCCCUCUCAUAUACGCCACCACAAACCCAUGCGGGAGGCCCGCGAACUGGAAACAGCCGUUUCGGGCAUACACUUCGUGGUCACACCGCAGCAUUUCAGCUCAGGAAAAUUGAAGAUACGCUGCACUGCACACAUUCACGAUGUCUACUGGAAAUCGACAGAGAAAUCGAUUGAAGAGGAACGCCACAAACACAACAUCAACUCGGUUAAUACAUUUUCAGAUGAUUACUUUGAUUCGGAGGAUGAGCAGCUGAUAGAUCGAUCGGACACAUACACGACGCAUAUAAAAGGUGCUGUCUCAUCCUUGAAUGCCAAUGGCGCAACACAACAACAUUGUCAUUGCCUGUCAUUGCUGGUACGCUGGACGACAGUGGCGCUGGCGGCCUGGCAUGCUACGCGAUAUUUUCACCAAUUAUGCCGGCAAUUGUUUGUUUGGCGUGAAACAAUGGCGUCAAAAGGAACAACAAUGCAAGCAAUCAGAACAACAACGACAGCGGCUACAACAACCACAGUGCAUAAUAGGAACCACGCGCGAGCCAAAGGGCAACUAUUAAGUGGGACAAGUGCUGACGAGGCAACUUCAAAAGCUGCCAUAAUGACAAAAGCAGCAGAAGUUGCAGCAAUGACUGCUUGCCGCAGCAACUGGGCAGUCGCCGCCGUCGCGCAAACAAAAUAUCGAACGCGAAAUGAAACGACGAGUUCACAAUUAAUAGAGAGCAUAAACGUGCAGCAACAAUUACAGCGCCGGCAACAACAGCACCGGCAGCAGCAGCAACAUAUAGUUGGCGUUGGCUUUGGAAAAAGGCCAACAACACAAAAGCACUCGCCGAAAGGUGCGGCAACACUGCCAACAAUGCGAAUAGCAAUUAAAGCGAAAACAGCUAAAACAACAGCAACAACAAAUGCUGCAGAACUGUUGCUCGCGCAUGCAACGACAACAGUAACAGCAACAUGA